GUUAUUUAUUUAUUAUUGUUUACUUGAAAUAAUAAAUAUGAUGCAGGAAAAUAAAUCAUUUCUUAUAAAAGAUCUUCUUGGUGAUGUGCUAGCAAAUCAAAUUCAAGAUGACUCAGAGGAUGAUUUGGCUAUUCAUUCAGACUCUGAAGAUACUAUUGACCCUGGUAGUAGUCCUUAUGCUAGAUUGGAAAGUAUUUCAACUAAUAUGUCACCAUCACCCGGUUCAUCAAAUUUAACAAAAUCUUAUGGUUCAUCUGUACCAGCAUGUCGUAAACCACGUAGAAGAAGAACAGCUUUUACUCAUGCACAACUUGCAUAUUUAGAAAGAAAAUUUCGAUGUCAAAAAUACCUGAGUGUUGCUGAUCGAAGUGAUGUUGCUGAUGCUCUUUCACUUUCAGAAACACAAGUUAAAACUUGGUACCAAAAUCGUAGAACAAAGUGGAAACGACAAAAUCAACUUCGUCUUGAACAAUUACGACAACAAGCAACAGUUGAAAAAGAAUUAUUAGUACGUGGUGUAGAUUUUCAUCAUGGUAAUUUAGAGACAUUUUGUUCAACAGCAUAUACACAAACACAAAAUUCAACUCAUCAUCCAGUAGUAUCAUCACCACAAACAUCAGCAUCAGCAGCAUUUUUAUCAACCGCUGCAGCUUUAUUUCGAAAUGUCACAUAUGUACAUGGUUGUCCACUUUAGCCUGAUUCAAAUUAAUUAAUAACAGGACAAUCACAUAUUUUCUAACUAGUCCUGAAUUAAUGCUAUCGAAAAAUAUAUUUAUUAUCACACACAUUUUGUACAUAUGUAAUCACACUUAUGCUAUAU